UUGUUGUAAUGUUGUAUAGGUGUUUGGAGGUAGCAGGGAGAUGGACUCUCUGAAGAAGGAGUUGGAGGAGGAACUGAAGCUGUCUGCUGAUGACCUGAGGAGUCACGCCUGGUACCAUGGACCUAUACACAGAGAGGGGGCAGAGGCUCUGCUGGAGAGAGAUGGUGACUUCCUGGUUCGUGACUCAGGCUCCUCCUCCGGUGACUAUGUCCUGAGUUGCUAUUGGAAGGACGAACCCAUGCACUUCAAGAUCAUUAGGGUGGUCCUUCGGCCCAAGAAGGGUUAUUCCCGCGAGCUGUUCCAGUUUGAAGGGGAUCGUUUCGACAACAUUCCCGCCCUGGUGCGUUUCCACGUGGGUGGACGGCAUCCCGUCUCCCAGGCCUCUGGCGCCGUGGUCUUUCACCCAAUCACACGCACCCUGCCUAUACGUGUCAUCAGUGAGCGCCAGGCAGAGCGGACCCACAGCAGCAGCUCCAGCAACAGCGCCCUCCAGAGGGUGGGCGUGGAAUUACGGCCAGACCGCAGCAAGAGACUCAGCUUCAACUCAUCACACAUGGACACACUACAUGUCACUAACACACUGCUCAGGAGUGGGAGUCAGCCAGCCAACCUGGAGAAUCUGGGCAGAAGACCCUCGAUCCAAUCAGCACAGUCCGAAAGCAACCUACGCACAGGUGCGCCUCAUAGCUGUCAAUCAGAGGCUGUAAGCCCCGCCCCCAUUUCCCCAGUGUUCCGAACGGGUAGCGAACCCCUGCUCAGCCCCUCAGCCCUCAGACACACACAGCCCUCACACCCAGGUGGAGGUGUGACGCAGCGAGGUUCUGACGGACAGCUGCACCCCCGAGCCCCGCCCAAACCUUUCAGAGUCUCCGUCCUCUUCCCCGGGACUCCUCCCAACCGUCACUGUGACGACCCCUAUGACGAGCUGGUCAUCCAGGUGCCUGAAUCAAAAAAGCGUGGCCACGUGGACAGGCUGCGUGCUGAGGAGAAGUGGCAGAGCAGAGCCCGUCUCACCGAGACAUCCUUCAACUUCCUGGAGGCACAGAAAAGCGGGGAGUUGCCUGGGUUACCGUUUGACGGACAGGCCCAGGAGGAGGAGGAGGAUUCACACUUUCAGAGGCCGCAGGUGGAGACGGUGUCGUGUUUCAGACUGGACCAGUUUGAGUCCCUCCUGCUACCAGAAAAUAACAGACCUCUAGAUCCCACCGUUCUGCUGGCGCUCAAAGAACUGUUCACACGCUCCAACGCCAUGACAACCGCUCUGCACAUUCUCAGUGUCGACUGCCAGGUGGCUCGUAUCGUGGGUGUGACAGAGGACCAGAGGAGGAUGAUGGGAGUUGGCUCAGGUCUGGAGCUGGUCACCCUGUCUCACGGACAACAGCUCAGACGGGACCUGCUGGAGAGGCACCACCUGCUAGCCCUGGGCGUUGCCAUAGAUAUCCUGGGCUGUACAGGGACAGUGGGUCAGAGGGCCACGGUGUUGCAUAAAGUCAUCCUAUUGGCCCAGGCCCUGAGAGACCACGCCCACAACCUCUACGCAUUCUCAGCCGUCAUGAAGGCUCUGGAGAUGCCUCAGGUCGUUCAUCUGGAGAGGACAUGGAGAGCGUUGAGGAGGAACCACACAGAGAGCGCUGGGAUGUUUGAGAAGAACCUCAAACCCUUCAUGAAGGCUCUGAAUGACGGAGAUGACUCUGUGGUGCAGGGUCCCCUGGCUGUGCCCUACCUGGUUCCCCUCCUGAGGCUGAUGGAGGGAGAGGAGGGAGAACACACUGAGAGAGGCUGUCAGUUAUUAUACAACACCCUGCAGGCAGCACGCAACGCUGCGCUACACGCCCCACAGUACCAGGAGCACGCACACAGCCUGCUCACAGGUGACUGGGAGCCAAUCCCAGAGCUGCUGGAGUGUUUCAGGACAGAGUUUGCCCUAAGGCUGUUCUGGGGACAGACUGGAGCGGAGGCAGACAGGGAGGAACGCUACCACAAGUUUGACAAGAUCCUCACCGUGCUCUCCCACAAACUGGAACCCACCGAGGGGUUCCCCCGAACUCUGACCUCUUACCCUUAA